AUGGCGACGGGAAUUUCUGCUUCAUCGCAUUUGCUUAUUCUCGUACAAUCUACGUCGGGGCUUCUCCUCAGCGAGGUUCUCAGGCAUGCUGGGCUGCCUUUAGAUUAUUCUACGCUCCAUAAUAUUGUCUGUGUACCACCCUUUGGUCAGAGCGGAGGCGCGUAUCAGGAGCUUGGAAACACCAUUGAGACUAUCACUAAUACAUUACCGGAAACAUUUGCAGGACGCCAACUUGAUCAAAGUGCUCUGGUAGUCGUCGGUGGUUUUUGGGCCUUGGCGAGCACAACGUCCCUGUUGGAACGUCUUGAGACCACGAAAGACAUGUCCAGAAACGCGACGACACAGAGCCGUGUGAACGGUAUUAAUUUAGUCAUUCAGGCUCCUUCUCUUAAGAGCCGAAUACAGUCCACAGCAGCCGCAGACGUUAACAGAGACUAUGCGAGGAGCGCUGGCUACUCCAGUCGAGUUCAGCUCAACGACGACAACGACGAUAUUGGGGACAUUGACAACGCUCCUAUUGAGCAAGCACGAAGCGAACGCAGCCUCGCCGUCGUCUUGAGUCCGGGCGUCGCCCUCUUGCAAGCUUCUUAUCCGAAGGGCACCGCUCAGGACCCUCAGGCGCCAGCCCGCUUGUGGUCCUUCGGAUUUGUUCGCCUAGUCGUUCGCAAGCGCCUUAGACACGCAAGGACGCAUAGCAAAGGACCUUCCUUGCCUGCGGAAAUCUGGCUGCAAGUCUUCGACGAGCUUGCGCAGGGGGGCGACUAUGACGCAAUAGCAACAUGCGUCGACGUGUGCAGGGUAUUCGCGAAGUGGAGUGAGCGAUACAUUGAUGGAAGGUCGUCCUAUUUCACGCUCAGGAGCGAGACAGACGUUGGACGUGCCGCGAAAGAAGUUGCAACGAAGGGGCUGAUGGCUUGGCGAAGAGUGGGUGAGGUCUCUAUAGAGGGAGAUGAUACAAAGGCGAUCCCGCACGUAGCAUCGUUCGCGUCGACGUUCGCAGCUGGCACGUGGGUCCGCGUCGUGAAGUUGACCAUCGAGAAGGCGUCGUGGCCGUCGUCGCUCCGGGCCGCCGAUGCCGCCGUCUUCCGGGAUUUAUCCCGCUGUGCCGCGAUCACCCGCCUCACCCUGAAUGACGUUACGUUUCCAUCUAUCGUCACGUUUGGCGCCCUCGUCUCGGCUCUGCAAGGUCUCGAAACCCUCAGCCUCCGCGAUGUCAACCCAAGAGCCUGCAGCAAAUCCACUUGGGCCCUGAGGCCUGACAACUGGGACAAGCCAGAAUUCACUCGUACUGCGUGGCCGUGCUACACGGAACUCCUUGAUUUUAUGACGGCCGUGAGCAACCCUUGUGGCAAAUCCCCUUGCGUAUAUCCGUGGGGCUCGGUCGGCCGCUUGCAACUCGAUGAAUCUGUCUGGUGGAGAUUCUCCUCCUUCUCCAUCGCUCGGCUCUUGCAUGCGUUUCCAUCACUUGUGUCCCUCAAGUUUGGAAGCGCAAAAGACAUGUUUACGAACGCACAUGGCAUUCCUAGGGACGUGAGGAUUACAGGUGUCCCUGCGUAUCCCAGGCUGAAACCAAUCAACAUCGUCGUGGAAUAUAGGACUUCCGGGCGGCCGCAGCAUGUUGCCAAUAUUGUCCGUUCGUUGAUCAAGAUGGACUAUCCCCUCAAAAUCACAGAGAUCAUGACUCCGAUAUAUCUCAGUCGCGAUGUCACUGAUACGGUGGUCGUCAUCGCUACGAAUGAAUUGAUCAAGCAGGCGGGACCGUCACUCAAGUAUCUUGAUUUUUCUCUCAAGCUCCGUGUAGUUCCUACACCGUCAUGCAGCGAUAGGGGCGGAUUUCGUUCAGACCCAUACCGCCUACCCAAUUUCCUUGAAAGAACAUACCUCUUGUCAAGUCCACCCCCUUACCCCAAGGCGUUCUGGAUCUGUGCGUGCAAGAGUUUGUCUCAUGUCACAUCGACAUGCGUCUCUUCCGUCGACAUAUGUAUCAAUUGGUUCUCAUGGGAUGAUCGAGGAGAGUUGAACAAUGUCUUUACCCAGUUGGACGCCGUGCUUUCAAUUCCUGUCUUCGACAGCCUCGUGCACGUUACCAUACGUGUAAGAUUCGAUGAGCCUGACCUGUCUUUACAAGAGAUAGAGAUGGUAGAGUGGGCAUAUUGGACGAAGGCAUGCUUGCUUAGUCUCGAUAAACGGGGAAUUCUAGGGAUUGAAGUAUGUGAAGAGCGCCUAACGCCCCAUGUUAGGCUCGGAUUGGUUUGGGAUCGUGGCAUCAAAGACUGGAAACAUUAUGAUAGCAAGGUGGGCAAAAAUGGAAAUGUAAAAAUCAUCGAGAUUCCUGCUUUCGAGGGCGGUGCACCUUCUGAGGCAAUAGCGGCGCACACAGCGUGGAAGCGUUCUGAUCAGCUAAAGGACGACCAGCGAUUGAUCCUAGAGAGACCACAACGCGCGGCCUUGCACACAAAGUGGAUGGGCGAGGCGUCAGCGGCACUUGCGACAUCGGCGGGCCGGGCAAAGAUCGGAGAACGCGCCCUCUCGGUCCUCUGCAGAAUACUGCCAGAGAUCACAAGGAACGUGGAGGCGCGCACCCGCAGUGAUAAUGUCCACCAAUCUUCUGCCACCCGCGGAUUCUACAAGACCCGCGUGGACAGGAUAGUCUGGACGUACGAUGUGGAAAUCUUAUAUGGCAUACCAUCGGGUAUUGCAUAUGCCAUGACAACGAUCUCUCGCGUAGACGCCUGGACUGGGGUUUCAACGUCGAUGAAGGGCCCGAUGGCUGCGUCGCACAAGAACAAGUCAUUAUAG